AUGGCGAAUGUGUCUAUUCUUGAUACAACAUCAGCAACAUCAUUAGCUCCCAAUGUCGCAUUCUCUCGAACAACAGAUUCAAAAGUUCAACCCACAACGAUCACAGAAUCUUCCGGAGUUCCCAAUUUGAAAGCUUCCGGAUUCGACUGCAUCAGAUACAUGGGAACAUGCAAUGGAGGUCACAUAUAUCUUGGCCGACAACAAAGAAGGUUCAAGGAGUUUGUCGCAAUCAAAAAAUUCUCUAUCGAUGAAUUCGAUGAUUAUACUGCGAUUGCUAGAGAAACCGCGCAUUUGAGGCUGCUGAGCCACCAAAAUAUCAUUGAGCUCCAGGAAAGCUUUGUAUUUGAGAAGUCUAUAUAUCAGAUUACGCCAGCGAUGAAUCUCGGAUCCCUGUUCGAUAUAGUUUGUGAGUACAAAAAAUGGGGCAUUAAUGAAAAAGCAACUGCUGGAAUCACUGUACAAGUUCUCGAUGCUCUCAUAUAUCUUCAUCAGAAACGAUACAUUCACAGAGACGUGAAACCGAAACACAUACUGAUUGAUAGUAAAGGAAAUGUGAAAUUGACAGGAUUCCGAUUUAUGAUAGAAUUAAAUCAUCAUCUUGAUUGUGUCUUCGAUUAUGACACUCAUCUCCAAAAUCAGAUUUACUACCUCGCUCCCGAAGUUCUCGCACAGAAUAUGCACGGUUACACAGCAAAAUCCGACAUAUACAUGCUUGGAAUCUCGAUCUGCGAAGCGAUAAACGGAGUGAUGCCAUUUGCUGAACUGGAACCAUUGGAAAUGUUGCUUAGGAAGUUGAAUGGACAAGUACCGAGACCAGUUGACAAAUUGAGUUUGCAAGAUGAUGAGAACAUGGGAAUUGAUAUAACUCUUCGCCCACAAGAACAUUUGACUCGUCAAUUCUCGGGUGAAAUGCACGCAUUCAUUGCCAACUGUCUCAAUUAUGAGCCACAACAAAGAAGCUCAGCUUCCGAUUUGAAAGAUUCCGACUGGCUUACCAUGAAAAAUAUCAAGGGUGUUGGACCGAAGGAGCUCAGUCAAGAACUUCAACUCGAUUACUCUCAUUUCGACUUAUCGCUUUGGGAGCAAGAACCAGUGAUGCCUUCAGAACCCGAACAGAAAUUUGAGACUGCCUUCGAUUACACAUCAAUUUCUUAA